CCUCCCUCGAGCCCGAGCAAACAAGGGCGGACGCGGAGCCGGCGGCGGAGCGGAGAUGGCGGAGAAGAAGCGAGGCGCCGGCACUCGCAAGGAUGAGGUGGUGACACGCGAGUACACUAUCAACCUCCACAAACGCCUCCACGGAUGCACCUUUAAGAAGAAGGCACCAAAUGCCAUCAAGGAGAUCAGGAAGUUCGCUCAGAAGGCCAUGGGUACUACUGAUGUCCGGAUUGACGUGAAGCUCAACAAGCACAUCUGGAGCAGUGGUAUCCGCAGUGUGCCGAGGCGUGUCCGUGUCAGAAUUGCCCGCAACCGGAACGAUGAGGAAGACGCCAAGGAGGAACUCUACUCUCUGGUCACAGUUGCUGAGAUCCCACCGGAGGGUCUCAAAGGUUUGGGAACUAAGGUUGUUGAGGAUGAGGAUUAAGCCCUGUAUACCAUGAGAUAAAUUUGAGAAUGUUGCUUGAGCUUAUUGUUAUCUACUGCCAAUGACUCAUGUAAUAGAAGCUUCGAGACUUGUCUCCUUUCUAGUAAUCCAAAUAUCCACAUGGUAUUUCAUGGUCCUACGCAUUUUCUGACAA